GUGAGCCGAGAUUGCGCCACUGUACUCCAGCCUGGGCAAUAGAACAAGACUCUGUCUCAAAAAAGAACUUUCCACUUACGUUUGUCUCUUCUUAGGAUUGCUAAACCCAGUCCUUGGUUUAUUAAUGACACAUUCAGACUUAUUUAGAACUUACUUAGAACUCCACCACACAUUGUUACUUCAUUCCUAUCCUAAGCUGUUUUUGCAUCCAUAGCACCUGACCUCAUACUUGCAGCAGGAACCCUGUAAAUACUCAUGGACAAAUAUAUGCAAAUAUUUUAAUCAGAGAGAGUUUAUCCAUAACCUUAAAUUCUCCUUUAACAUAAACAUUUCUAUUUCUUUAAGCUGGAGUGUAAGGCCAUUUCUGAGGAAUUUUUUAAGUGGUGAUGUCAAUGUGUCUUAUAAGAUCAGUGAUUAUUAAUACACUGAUAGUUCGUAUUUAUACUAUAUCUAUUUCAAAGAACAUUAUAACAUUUAGGAAUCAAGCCAGAACAAAGAAGCAACUGCAGACAAAGUGACUCUUUUGUGGCCUCUAGUAACUUGUGGCUUCAAACAAUGAAGGCCAUUGUAUAAACUCCUUUGAGGGUUAUUGUGAGAAUUAAUUAGAUUAAAAUCUGCAAAGUGCUUUGAAGUUUUCCCAGAAUUCCGUUAUAAAUAAAGAUGACAUUAAUUUUUUUUUGAGGUAUCUUUAUGUCGGUCCUCCCAGAAUCAAAUGUAACAAGUUCACCUGCUAUUGAACUGCCUGUGUUCCCUGAAGCAAAAACCCACGACUAAGCCAAAUUUUACCUUUGGUGAUUUUAAGCUGACCACAAGAGCACACACAAUGGAGCACAAUUUGUUGCCUUUAUCACAAAGAGCUUGGUGUAUGAUAUGCAUGAUGCAGUGUCUCAUAAUCCCUAUGCCCCAUGGUAAUUACAUAUAAAUUACUGUAGUUAUUACAGCUAUUUUAUAGUGACCAACAAAGUUUUACCCUCCUCUUUGUUAUUUAUAUUUGGAUAAUUUACAUUCGGUUCAUUUACAAUAGGAUUUAAAGCAGCCUUAUCCCUAAACAAUGUAAAUGCUGAAAAACUUUCCCGAUUCCAGUAACUGUUUAAUCCUCAUUGUAUGAACAGAAGCACAAGCAGAUAUUAAAGACAGGAGUCUUAGAUUCAACUGUCUAACAGCUAGGGCUCCUCGGGAACCCCUUCUCCUUAGUCUCCUGAUCUUCUGUGAUCCCAAUCUUAUCCCCAGUGACCCCCUCAGCCCAUGCUGUCCUCCCCCCUUCCCAAGAAGGAGCAGCUCUGAAUAUUCUGAGUGCUGCACUUGGGGCAGCAGAAACUGUGGAGCAGCCCCAGGUGGGCCCUGGGGAAUAGUAGGAUAAGAGGCCUGUUGUAAAUGAGGAACCUGUCUGGCAGGUGACCAACCUGGUUUGCUUGGGACUGAGGGGGGUUCCCAGGACAUGGGACUUUCAGUUUACUGGAACUAAUUCACCUGGGCAUUAGAUUAGGGUCUGGGACCCUGAUAUUGGCGGAGUCUUUUCUGGGUGGGGAGAGACUCUUACUUGGGAAACACACCUUGUUCCUUUUGGUUCCUGCAGCACACUGGUCUGGGUAUGUCUUCUCAGGGAACUCUGGAUGUGACUCCUGUACAUGAAAAUGGAAGAGGUCAGAGUUGUCCAAGAGGGAGGCCAGCCACAUCCAGGCAAGGCCCCCAUGGCCAGAACCCUGCUAGAGCCACCAAGGUCCCAGACGAGUCUGGAAGUGUUAGUUGCAAACGUAUGCAUUUGCUUCUGUGGCUACAAGAAAGAACAGAAAUGCACAAAGAGGAGCAGUGUGAAGAAGAGGCGAUGAUCCCCAGACCGACCAAAGCCCGCACUCCGCUGCGUCCUGCGCCCAGCGCCUAUGUCCCACCACCGUCGCUGCCACCAUGCCCGGGAGAAAGGCUGAAGGGGAUGCUAAAGGAGAUAAAGCCAAGGCGAGGUAGGAACCGCAGAGAAGAUCCACAAGGUUGUCUGCUAAACCUGCUCCUGCAAAGCCAGAGCCCAAGCCUAAAAAGGCCUCUGCAAAAAAGAGACAGAAGGUACCUAAAGAGAAAAAGGGAAAAGCUGAUGCUGGCAAGGAGGGGAAUAACCCUGCAGAAAAUAGAGAUGCCAAAACAGACUAGGCAUGGAAAGCUGAAGGUGCUGGAGAUGCCAAGCAAAGUGUGUGCAUUUUUGAUAACUGUGUACUUCUGGUGACUGUACAGUUUGAAAUACCAUUUUUUUUUUUUGAGACGGAGUCUUGCUCUGUUGCCCAGGCUGGAGUGCAGUGGCGCAAUCUCGGCUCACUGCAAGCUCCGCCUCCCGGGUUCACACCGUUCU